CAUACUCCUGACCACGCCCCCGUGUCGGUGGUCCUGUGAAGUUUCCCGGGAGUCUGCGACACGCGCGCCUCUCCUCCGGAUCGCAGCCCGCCCGGCCCGGUUCCCGCGGAUCUCCCGGUGGUUCUGCGUCCCGAUGGACUGAGGGGGGACAUGGCGGUGAACUCGGUGCACUGGUUCCGGAAGGGGCUGCGCCUGCACGACAACCCGGCGCUGCAGGAGGCCCUGAGCGGGGCCGACACGGUCCGCUGUGUUUACAUCCUGGACCCGUGGUUCGCGGGCGCCGCCAACGUGGGAAUCAACCGAUGGAGGUUCCUGCUGGAGUCUCUGGAGGACCUGGACAGCAGCCUGAAGAAGCUCAACUCCAGGUUGUUUGUAAUCAGAGGGCAGCCCACGGAUGUUUUCCCCCGGCUCUUCAAGGAGUGGAAAGUGACCAGGUUGACGUUUGAAUACGACCCAGAGCCUUACGGGAAGGAGAGAGAUGGGGCCAUCAUCAAGAUGGCGCAGGAGUUCGGAGUCGAGACCAUCGUCAGAAAGUCACACACCCUCUACAACCUGGACCGGAUCAUUGAGAUGAACAACAACAGUCCUCCUCUGACCUUCAAGCGGUUCCAGACCAUUGUGAGUCGACUGGAGUUGCCCCGGAGACCCCUGCCUGCCGUCACCCAGCAGCAGAUGGACAAGUGUCGCACUAAAAUAACCGAAAACCACGACCAGCUGUACAGCAUUCCCUCUCUGGAGGAGCUAGGCUUCAGGACGGUGGGUUUACCUUCAGCUGUUUGGAGAGGAGGAGAAUCCGAGGCUUUGGACCGGCUCAACAAACACUUAGACAAGAAGGUGUGGGUGGCCAACCUGGACCACCCCCGGGUCAACACCUGCUCUCUGUACGCCAGUCCCACCGGCCUCAGCCCCUACCUGCGCUUCGGCUGUUUGUCCUGCAGGGUUUUGUACUACAACCUGCGAGAGCUCUACAUGAAGCUCCGGAAGCGUUGCAGUCCUCCUCUGUCCCUGUUUGGUCAGUUGCUAUGGAGGGAGUUCUUCUACACCGCCGCCACCAACAACCCCAACUUUGACCGCAUGGAUGGAAACCCCAUCUGCGUCCAGAUCCCAUGGGACCAGAAUCCAGAGGCCCUGGCGAAGUGGGCCGAGGGUCGGACUGGUUUUCCCUGGAUCGACGCCAUCAUGACGCAGCUGAGACAGGAGGGCUGGAUCCACCACCUGGCCCGACACGCUGUGGCCUGCUUCCUGACCAGAGGAGACCUGUGGAUCAGCUGGGAGAGCGGCAUGAAGGUGUUUGAGGAGCUGCUCCUGGAUGCAGACUGGAGUGUAAACGCUGGCAGCUGGAUGUGGUUGUCCUGCAGUGCCUUCUUCCAGCAGUUCUUCCACUGCUACUGUCCCGUCGGCUUCGGAAAAAGAACGGACCCGUCAGGAGAUUAUAUCAGGCGUUACAUCCCCAUCCUGAAGGACUAUCCCAGCCGUUACAUCUAUGAGCCGUGGAACGCACCGGAGUCCAUCCAGAAGGCGGCAAACUGUGUGGUGGGAGUGGAUUAUCCCAAACCUAUGAUCAACCACGCAGAGGGCAGCCGGCUCAACAUCGAGAGGAUGAAACAAGUCUACCAGCAGCUCUCCCACUACAGAGGACUCAGUCUACUAGCAUCAGUACCAACAAUCCAGGAGGAGGCAGAACCACCGAUGACCGACGAGUCUCAGACCAGCAGCGGACCUGACUCUCCUCCCAGAGUUCCCGCUCCCAGUGAAGCCGCUGGCUGCUCGACGGCUCCUGACUCGUCCACAGUCUAUGUGUCCUACGCUCCACGUCCAGAGCUGGAAGGCACUCAGGGCCCUCACCCAUCUCAGACGCCCUGCACCUCCUCAGGCUCGCACCCUCAACCCCCUGCAGCCGUGUCAUGGAGCUUUGCUCCUCCCUCCCCAGCUCAUAGUCCUCUGUCAAGGUCGAAAGCCUCUUCCCCUUCCUCGUCAUGUCCCACCUCGUCCCCGGCUCCGAGUCCAGCCGGGGCCCCAGGUCAGACUUUUCCCAAAAGGAAAGGCCUCGCCCGCCAGACGCGUCGCAACCCGAGGCAGCGAGGGCGUCCGAGCUGCGCUACGUCAGGCAGGGAGGGAGAGAGGAGGGAGGAGGAGGAAGAGGAGAGGGAGGACACGGGAGGGGACGAGAGGAUGGAGGAGGAUGCUGAACACGAGGUGGAGAGAAUGGAGGAGGAGACUUCAGCACAUCAGCAGUGAGACGAGGUGCAGUUUAAAGAGAAUCGUCUUCAAACGUCCACAUUGUCAACUGGACACAAACACACACAAGGAACAACAUCAUACACACAAACACACAUUCACCACAAGUGGAAUCACUACAGACGCGUCUUACUCACAUCUUCUCCCGUUAAUUAUCCGGACGAGCUUUUGAAUAAAUAACUAUUUUUAGAGCAGGACCAGUCCAGAAAGACUGAACACAAAAAAACAAUCAUUCUGAUUUGAGACUAAACAGAAUUUAAAGAGUGACGAGUAACCUUCUCUUGAACAGUUCAGACUCACGAUGAGCAACGUGACGUCCUGCAGAUCUCACGUUCACGUCCAAGUUGAAUCCAAACGGCGUCGUCGUCCCGCUGCUUCUUCACAUGUCCGACACCAGGCUCCCUGCUCGGAGGAGGAGAAACUCAGAGUUUGAUAAAGCUGCGUGUUUUGAUAUGUUGCAGUGAUGAUUUUGUAUAAAUGUUGUAUAAGAGAUUUAAUUCGACAUCUCAGUGCGCUGGACAAAACCAGAUCAUCCUGACUUUUACUCAGCGUCAGGCAGCGACUGUGACGAGCAGAUUCACUGACCUCCACUCAAAUGUAUAAACACUAUUUUAUGUUGUAGCUCCCCUCGCUGCGCAGUCGUUUGCUUUCAGAACAGAGAUGGAGAAAGUUUUCCUUCACGUCAAACUCGUGGCCCGCAGGGGAAUGUAGGAUAUUUCUGUUUGUAUGACCCUGAUGAUGUUGUUCAGGAUGUUUUCCUUAUUUUGACCACGUUAAAAACAGACCGUGAAUAUAGAUGCGUCUUUUCCUCCUCCCACUGUAAUAUAUAUAUACACAUAUAUACAAUGUUUAUACAUGUUUUUUUGCACAUCCGAUGUUUAGCAGCAGUGACGAGGUUCAUUAGGGAUCAUAACGUUUUAUAGUCCUCCCUAUUUGCACCCGUCUGGUGUGUGGAGGGUCGCACGUCUGUGAGGUCGUAGCAGCACAUGAAUGAAUCACUAUUAAUUAAAUGAAUUUAGACACUGUAUCUGCGGCGCAGAGAGAAACGAGUCUUUGAGACCAAAACGUUUUUAGCAUUUGCAAUAUUUUUUUUGUAUCCGGCAACUGAAAAGGCUGCUUGUGUGGUUUUAAAAAACAAAAAGAAUGUAGAGAGGAUAGAACGGCGUGUUGCUCUCCCGUAUAUGUUUAACAGAGUUUGUAUAUAAAAUAUAUAAAAACCAUAACCUGUUUACUGAUGGUCUGUUUAAGGGGGUUUCAUAAAGACUUAAUUCUGUCUGGACGUUUCUCACCAGAAGCUCCACAACAGAAUCAUAAACACAGAACAAAACAAAUCUGCAAACAAUACAGGGCUGAAACUAAAGACUAGUUUAUUAAUUAACCAAUAAUUACUCGAUUAAGUUUCACAAAUUGGUGAAGUUUGCACAUUUAUGCCCAGUUUUGUUGUGAAAAUCACAGAUAUUCACUUUACUGUCGUAUGAAAGAGAAGCAGUGAAUCCUCGUAUCAGAGGAGCUGACGUCAGCACUUUGACAAACAUUUAAUUAAUUGACGUCUUAAUUCAGCAAUGAAAUAACUGAAUCUCAAAGUGAUUUCAAAAUCUUUUAUACAGAAAACCUAUUGUAUAUUAUAACAUUCAUUAAUGCUUCUCUGAAUUAACUUUAAAAUCCAAGCCCUCAUAGUUUGAUCCAGUUUUAUUUCGAUUUGAGAUGUUUGGAGAUAAUUGUGUCUUUAAGUAACAGAGGUCGUUAGUAGAGGUCGUUAGUAGAGGUCGUUAGUAGACUGUGUGCAGCCGCCUCAGGACUUUGGGAUUGUUCAGACAGAAAGAACAAGGAUUUUGAGAAAUCUCGUCAAAUAAUGGCUGAUACUAUUUAUAAAUCAAAUAAUAUGUCUUAAAAGUUCGAGACAGAACCUAAGAUGUAAAUUAAUGUUUUUAUUACUAAGAUUCAAAACGUGGAAUCAAACCAAGCACAGAUUAAUGAUUUGAGUAUUUUUCUUUGAGAUAAAUAAUUAGUUUUUCUAAAUCAAUGCACCGUUUAUUCUCUAUUUCAGAAAUGAUAACGACUGUGAUUUUAUAUGAAGAUUUAGCUUUUCAUUUGAAUCCAAAGUGACUUAGUGAAACCCCCUUACUGUUGCCUGGAUGGGUCAAAGUUUGAUGGAUUGUUUUUGUCUGUAAGACAAACCUCAGCUCCUGGAGGGCGUCGCUCUGUCGGUGUUCAGGAGAAGUUGGAACUUGUGAAGUUUGCAUCCUUCAGGGUAAAAGGACAAUCAGUGGAAACGCUCCCAGUUCAGCCUGUGAUCAUAGAGGAACGCUCCCAGUUCAGCUGUGAUCAGAGAGCUCCCAGUUCAGCCUGUGAUCAUAGAGGAACGCUCCCAGUUCAGCCUGUGAUCAUAGAGGAACGCUCCCAGUUCAGCCUGUGAUCACAGAGAAACACUCCCAGUUCCCACCGAUCCUGAACCCAACACAAGCCCCAACCAGCUGCCUGUGUUUACUGAGCAUUCCAGCGAGCCGCCGCUCGGGGCCCUCGAGGGCCACAGGUCUGUCUGAGGUCUGUGGGUCACAUGGAUAUUUAUUUGUUUUGUACAAAAAGAGUUUAUUUUCAUUAAAACUGCUGAAGGACUUGUGAUUGAA